UCUUCUAGAAAAAUAGCAGAUCUUGUACAAAACUUUGACCCAAAACACACACACACACACACUCGCACAUAUAAAUCAGAAAAACCACUGCCCAGCCCUUCAGGUCUCUCUCUCUCUCUCUCUAGAAUGGCAUUGACUUCCAAUCUCCGGCUUUUCACGGCGGCGCUGCUAAUGUACGCCGGGUUAACCACCUCCGCCAACCACUGCCCCUCCUGCGGCACCACCCCAGUCCCAUACCCCCUCAGCACCGGACCAAACUGCGGCGACCAAUCCUACAAAAUCCGCUGCGACGCGGGCUCACUCAAAUUCGACACCCUCAACAACACCUACUCCAUCGCCACCAUCACUCCCGACAUCCAACGGUUCGUCAUCCAGCCCUCUAGCUUCGUCCCCAACACCUGCGUCACAUCCGAUAUCUCCACCAUGGGGAUCCAGAUGAACAGCUCUCUCCCCUUCAAUAUCACCAGCAGCAACACCAUCAUGUACCUCAAUUGCACCACAACACUUCUCAACUCGCCGUUGAAUUGCUCAUCGACGAGUCUUUGCCACAGUUUCAUCAAUUCCUCGGCCCAGGUAUCGGCCUGCCAGAGCGCUCCGAUCUGUUGUACGUUUCGGGCUGGGGGGUCCACUACGUCGUAUAUGAUUCGGGUUCGAGAUGCGGGUUGUCGGGCUUAUUCAAGUUUUGUGAAUUUGAACCCGACGUUGCCCGUGAACCGGUGGCCUCAGCCCGGGUUGGAGAUACAGUGGGUGUCGCCGAGUGAACCGGUUUGUGGGACUCAGGCGGAUUGUGAUUCCAACUCCACGUGCGGGUCGGAUGUGCACGAGAAUGGGGUUAAUAGGUGCUUUUGUAAUUCGGGUCUGCGGUGGGACCCGAUUCAAGGAUUGUGUGCUGAAAUUGUGACAUGUCAAGAUCCGAAUGGCUGUAAUGGCGGCUCAAAGAAUCGGACUGCACUUAUAGCAGGUCUGACUGCCGGUCUUGGCACAGCAUUAUUUGCGGCCAUAAUCGGAGCUUUACUGUACAAACGCCACCGCCGCAUCAAAGAAGCAAAAGAGCGUCUUACCAGAGAGCGCGAAGAGAUCCUAAACGCUGGAAACACUGGCAAGUCCGCCAAAAUCUUCACCGGCAAGGAAAUCAAGAAAGCAACCAACAACUUCUCUAGAGACCGCCUCCUGGGCAUUGGCGGCUACGGCGAAGUCUACAAGGGCUUCCUCAGCAACGGCACAACUGUUGCGGUCAAAUGCGCCAAGCUCGGCAACACCAAGAGUACCGAACAAGUUCUCAACGAGGUCCGCAUCCUCUGCCAGGUCAACCACAAGAGCCUAGUCGGCCUCCUCGGGUGUUGUGUCGAGCUCGAACAACCAUUGAUGGUUUACGAGUACAUCCCUAAUGGAACCCUAUCCGACCACUUACAGGGUCCCAACCGAGGCCACCUCUCAUGGAACCACCGGCUCUUCAUCGCCCAUUCGACGGCAGAAGGACUAGCUUAUCUCCACUUCUCUGCAAUGCCUCCGAUUUAUCAUCGUGACGUGAAGUCGAGCAACAUUUUACUCGAUGAGAAGAUGAAUGCAAAGGUUGGAGAUUUCGGCUUGUCUCGUUUGGCCCAUACGGAUUUGAGCCACGUAUCCACGUGUGCUCAAGGGACACUAGGUUAUCUCGACCCUGAGUACUACAGGAACUACCAGUUGACAGACAAGAGCGAUGUGUACAGCUUCGGAGUCGUGCUUUUGGAGCUUUUGACAUCACAAAAGGCCAUAGAUUUCAAUAGACCAUCAGAUGAUGUAAAUUUGGCAGUUUAUGUGCAACGGAUGGUGGAGGAAGAGAGGAUAAUGGACGUAGUGGAUCCAAUAUUGAAGGAAGGAGCAAGCCGCUUGGAGUUGGAGACGAUGAAAGCAUUAGGGUUUUUGGCUGCUGGGUGCUUGGAGGAGCGGAGACAAAACCGGCCUUCGAUGAAGGAGGUUGCAGAAGAGAUUGGGUACAUAAUCAGUGUUGCAACUGCCAAGGAUGUUGAGAAAGUGGACUGAUUGAGGAUGGAGUUUUUGUUUAGGGUUGGUUUAGGUCAGUGUUGGUUAGCAGAGUUCUGAUCUAGGUGUAGGUCUUAGUAUGUUUCUCUAAGUUCCGUAUUGUAUAUUGUAAAUGGAAGUGGAAGUGGAAGUGUUUUUCACUGACACAUAAAAUAAAGAUCCCAAUGUUGUUAAUUGAGGAGUAUUGUCCAAAAAAAAA